UUGCGGUAUAUUGGUUAAGCAAAUCUGAAAUAAUAUGGAAGCGGCAACAGCCACUUUGGUUAGCGAGCCACAGUUGGCCACUGCCCCAGAAUUGCCCAGCACAUCAUCAAAUGCCGGCAGCAAUGAGAAUGGCAGCGACAACAAUGCCAUGGAGCGUGUGGACACUGACAACAUUGGCUGGGCCAAGAGUCCCACUGAGUCCACAUCGGAGCUGCGCCAUAGGUCAACAUCAUAUUCAUUCACGGGCAGCGCCCUGGCCAGCGGCAAUAUUGCAGAUCUGAAUGGGACUGCUGCAAAUGAGGUGAAUCCGUCGUCAUCGUCGUCAUCAUCAACAAAAACAACAGCAGGAGCAUCUGCAUCUGCAUCUGCAUCAGCAACAACAACGGGCAGCAACAGCAACGACAACGAGAAGGAACAAAGCGAGGAAUCACUAUACGAGUGCAAUAUUUGCUUGGACACGGCAAAGGAUGCGGUGGUCAGCAUGUGCGGCCAUCUCUUCUGCUGGCCCUGCUUGCAUCAAUGGCUGCAAACACGCCCAAAUCGCAAGCUCUGCCCCGUUUGCAAGGCAGCCGUUGAUAAGGAUAAAGUCAUACCGCUUUAUGGCCGCAACAGCACACGCCAAGAAGAUCCACGCAAUAAGGUGCCGCCUCGUCCUGCCGGACAGCGCUCAGAGCCCGAGCCAGCACCUGGCUUUCCGGGGUUUGGUUUUGGUGAUAGCUUCCAUGUAUCAUUCGGUAUUGGUGCUUUUCCAUUUGGUUUCUUUACAUCAUCGCUUAACUUCGGCGAGCCGCGUCCAGCAGCUGCUAAUCGCGGUACCACACAGUACGACGAUGAGCAAACGCUGUCCAGACUGUUUUUGUAUCUCGCCUUUCUAUGCAUCGGCUGGCUUCUGUUUGCCUAGCAAUCUCUGGGCCACAGAACUUUUCAAUUAACAGAACAGGCUCCGCUACAGCAAUAAGGAAAUCACCAACUAUAGCAAACAACAUCAAGAACACUAAGAUUUGCAAAAAAGAAAAAAUAAAAUAGCAUAAACACAAACAA